CAUCACUCUGCAGCAUCAUUGCUCUGCAUGAUCAUGAUCAUGUUGUUCAGUAUGAUUAGUGGUAGGUGUAUACAUUCUGUUUUGGUUGGGCUUCUAUGUCUGGUCAUUGCUUCUGCUAUUUGUUGUUCAAGUGUUGGAAGCUCCAGCAUACUGUGCAUGGAGAAUGAAAGACAUGCUCUUCUUCAGUUUAAGCAGAGCAUUGUGGACGAGUCUAACGUUCUUGCCUCUUGGGGAAGCAAGAAAGACUGUUGCACGUGGAGAGGAAUAGCAUGCAACAACCAAACAGGUCAUGUCAUGACUCUAAAUCUCUCUUAUAAUUCUUCUGAUGAUUACAUUAGUGCUGAAGCUCCAUUAAGAGGUGAAAUUGAUCCUUCACUACUUGAAUUACGAAAUCUAAAUUACUUGGAUCUCAGUUUUAAUGAUUUUGGAGGAAUGAUUCCCAAGUUCUUUGGCUCUUUAAGUCAAUUGAAAGAACUCAAACUUGCAUAUGCUAAUUUUGAUGGAUCUGUUCCUCCCAAAAUUGGAAACCUUUCUAAUUUGCAUACUCUCGAUCUUUCCGGGAACUACUUUAUUCCUUUAGAAAAUCUUGAGUGGUUAUCUCAUCUUUCUUCCUUGAGAUCCUUGAACAUGUCAGAAGUAGAUUUGUCUAAGAUUGUGAAUUGGCCACAAUCUUUAAGCAAGCUCACUUCAUUGAUGGAGCUUCAGUUAUCUGAUUGUAGUCUUCCUGAUUUUAAUAUAAGAUCAAAUUCCGUUGUAAAAAAUUCUUCCACCUCUCUUCAAGUCCUUGACCUCUUUUAUAACAAUCUCAACUCUUCAAUAUUUUAUUGGAUAGCCAAUGUCAGCAGCAACUUUAUCCAUAUUGGAUUGCAAGGAAAUCAGUUACAAGGUCCCAUCCCAGAUGUCUUCAAAAGCAUGCUUUCUCUAGCAUCACUAGAUCUCUCUAUCAAUCAACUUGAAGGUGGGAUACCAAAAAGCUUUCAAAACUUAUGCAGCUUAGAGUCGUUGACCUUACGGUCAAACCAAUUGUCAGAAAACAUUGAGAACUCUAUUAAAAACUUAUCUUGUGCUGAGAACACACUUGAGACCUUGGACUUGAUAACCUGUUUUGGGGGUCGUUGCCAGAUUUGGCACGUUUUUCAAUGUAGAGAGUUAAAUCUUGCCGACAAUCAGCUAAAUGGGUCUCUACCCGAGAGUGUUGGGCAACUUUCUAGCCUUGAAGUUUUAUCUCUCGCCCAGAAUUCUCUGAGUGGUGUCAUAACAGAAGCCCACUUUUUGAAGCUCUCUCGUUUGCAGUCUCUAGCCAUUUCUAAUAACCAUUUCUCUAUCAACCUGAGCUCAGAUUGGAAUCCACCAUUUCAACUUUAUUUGUUAGACAUGUCCUCUUGCAAGGUGGGCCCAGCUUUUCCCAAAUGGAUUCUAACGCAGACAAAUCUUGCUUUUCUUUAUCUGUCUAAUGCUGGAAUAUUUGGAUCAUUACCUGAUAAGUGUUGGGAUCUAUUUUCUGGCAUAUUUCGAUUAGAUCUCUCUAUGAACCAAAUACAUGGGAAACUGCCGAAUCUGUCAACAACAAGCUUGGUUUUUGUCAACUUGUCUUCUAAUCUACUUUCUGGCACAUUGCCAUCAUUUUCUCCGAUGCUCAACGGGUUGUACCUCUCGAAUAACAUGAUUUCAGGACCACUGUCUUCCUUGUGUGCAACACAGAUUCCACAUUUGGAGUAUGUUGACAUUUCUGAGAACCUACUGUCAGGAGAGCUUCCUAACUGUUGGAUGCAAUUUAAAUUAUUAAGAGUAUUGAAUUUGGGCAUGAAUAAAUUGACUGGAAAAAUACCAAGCAUGUUGGGAAAUUUAAAGGUAAUUAGUAUAUUAAAUUUACAUGGUAACAAGUUUUCAGGAGAAUUGCCUUCUUUUGAAAAUUGUACGGAAUUAGCAGUUGUUGACCUUGGGGACAAUAACUUUUCCGGCAAGAUACCAACAUGGAUAGGCCAAAGCCUAAUAAACUUGGUGAUUCUACGCUUACGUGCCAAUGAGUUCAAUGGAAUCAUACCCUUAACUCUGUGCAGACUAGCCAUCAUUCAUUUUUUGGACCUCUCUCACAACAAUAUUUCAGGAGGCUUGCCACAUUGCUUGAAUAAUAUAUCAGUUUUGGCUGAUGAUUCUGUCGGAGUUAAUGGUUUAUCUGUGGAACUUGUGUGGAAAGGAAUAGAAAUUGAGUUCGGGGAAAAUCUUGAGGGUAUGAGAGGCAUUGACAUUUCAAGCAAUUAUUUGGUUGGAGAAAUUCCGGAAAGUAUAACGCGUCUGACAAACUUGAUUUCUUUGAACCUGUCAAGAAACAAUUUGACCGGAAAGCUUCCUGAAAACUUUGGUAACAUGCAGAAGUUAGAAUCUCUUGAUUUGUCAAGAAACCAGAUAUCUGGUCAUAUUCCUACCAGUUUUUCGAGUUUGCAUUUUCUUGGAGUCUUGGACUUAUCAAACAACCAGUUGUCCGGAAGAAUUCCAGUAAGCACCCAACUUCAGACUUUCAAUGCUACUAAAUAUAUGGGAAAUCCUGGACUCUGCGGACCACCACUCUCACCAAAUUGCCCUGGAGAUGAAGCAACUGAAGAUGAUCAUAACAAGGAGCGCGAACACGAUAAUGAUGGUCUCAUAAGCUUGGGAUUCUUCAUCAGUACAGUGUUGGGAUUCAUCACUGGGUUUUGGAUAGUCUGCGGCAGUUUAUUGCUUAAGAGUUCUUGGAGAUAUGCUUAUUUCAAAUUCCUGGACAAUGCAAAAGAUUGGAUUUAUGUCAGAGCUGUUGUCUACAAAGCAAAACUGCAGAGGAGGCUUCAAAGAUGUCAUGUCAUCACUCUAGAUCUCUCAUAUACUUUUUUAAGCGGUGAAAUUCAUCCUUCACUUCUUGAAUUGCGAUAUCUAAAUUAUUUGGACCUCAGUUUAAAUGCUUUUGAAGGAAUGAUUCCCAAGUUCAUUGGCUCUUUGAGUCAAUUGAAACAACUAAGACUCGGAGAAGCUAAUUUCAGUGGACUUGUUCCUCCCCAGCUUGGAAACCUCUCUAAUUUGCACACUCUUGAUCUUUCCAGGAACUUUGCUGUUCAUUCAGAAAAUCUUGAGUGGUUAUCUGAUCUUUCUUCCUUGAGAUACCUGAACAUGGUAGAUGUAGAUUUGUCUAAGCCAAUGUCAGCAGCAACUUUGUCCAUGUAA